UGACGUCAUGGGGAACUCGUGACGACCGGACCUCGGGUACCCAAGGUCACCUGUUCACCUGUACAGCCACUUGUGCCACAAACACACGGGGACAGCACCUGUUGUCUACAGCUGACACCUGGAAGAAACAACCAUGUGGGGCCACGGUCAUGGACACGGGCACGGGCAUGCCGCGGCAAGGGAGGCACACCGGGCACAUAGGGAAGAGAUGCGGGCAGAACGACAGGAACACAGAAUGCACAACAAGGCUGCGCAUGCGGCCGCGCACGGCAACUUCAUCAAGGCGGCCAUGUUUGAGGUCGCCGCUGCCGGAGCGCACAACCGCGCGGAAAACGCCCACCACCGCGAGGUCCAUGCUGCUCAUGCGGCGAUGCACCACGGCCAUCACCACCACCACGGGCCCGCCGUCUGUCCUCCCCCGGCCUGCCCUCCUCCCCCUCCUGCUGUUCACGUCCACCACACCUACGUGAACCCGACGCCUCCCGUGAGUUACCCAACCGGUACUGCAGCGCCCCCACCGGCAUACCCAGCAACUGCACCAGGGUAUCCACCGACUACCGGAGCCGCCUACCCUCCAGCCCAGCCUGCGGGAUACCCCCCUGCACAACCGACAGGAUACCCGCCAGCGUACCCCCCUGCACCGGCCUACCCAAACCCCUCCUACCCUAACCCCUCCUACCCUGGGUACCCGCCUAACUAGUGAACCGUACCACGUGCCAAGCAGAUGUAUGAAGGAGAAAGCUUAUCAUGUUGAACUCAAUCCCCGGGAAUCUGUUGCUAAGUGCGUGAUUUAGUCAGGCUAGUAGAACAGUAGCUCGUGUGAUCUACUAGCUAGUAACUAGCCUGGGUGAAAUCCGAUUUGUAACCGGGUAGCUAGUGCAAAGGAGCCCCGUUACAAAAUUGAAUGGCACCCAGCGCAGGUUAUAUAUGAUCUA